GGGGGGGGGGGGGGGGGGGGGAGGGACCCGCAAAUCGUUUACUGUUUUCGCACUUUUGAUUUUCAUCAUUUCAGGGGUUUUUACUCGAUUCGCUUCAACAUAACGUUCAGCAAUAAGGGUGAUGUAUGCUACUUUGCUUAUCACUUCCCGUACACAUUCUCCUUCCUACAGGUAGGUUCUUUCUUGCGACUAGGUAUAUUCAAAAGUGUCACCCUACUGAGAGUUCCUACAUUUUCUUUGGGAGGGAACAAUGUUAAUUUACUCACUGUAACGGCUAGAUGUUCUGCUGCAGAAAUAUCCAAGAAGCGCAUCGUGUUUCUGAGCUCUCGUGUACACCCUGGCGAAAGCAAUGCGAGUUGGAUGAUGCAUGGCAUUCUGGAAGCUUUGCUCACAUCAGUAGAUCCUCUCAUUGAAGAACUCCGAGAAAGGUUUGUUUUCAAGUUGGUGCCAAUGCUCAAUCCGGACGGUGUCAUUAAUGGUAGCCAUCGCUGUUCGUUGUCUGGAGUAGACUUGAACAGGUAUCACUUCUGGAAUAUUACAAAUGAAAUUACAUUUGAGGCGUUACUCGGAAGAAUAUCAGAAAGUAAUGAGAGAGCUUUUAUUAGAAAGAAAGCAAGCUGUGCAUAA